AGAAGAUCCCACGUGACGCCGCUGAGCCUCGCGGCCGUGUUGUCUGCUUGAGCUCGGCGCAGGGAUCGAGACAUUUUUCUCCGCCUGACGAAAGACUGUUUUUAUUGUUUUUGGUGUGUGUGUGUCGGUGUGUGUUCGAGCGCGAGGGUGCGCUCGAGCGUCUUCAUACCAAAGCCUUUCGGUGUGACGACGGCGGCGCGCGCGCAGCUGCUGGCGGUGUGUAAACAAAGCAGGAAAGCCUUUGUUCCGCCGCCUCUAUCCUCGAGUCUUUUUCACCGAUUUAGCUCGAUAAACUUGACUUUCCAGAGCGGAUUAGCUGUCGUUAGCUAGCAGGAAGAAGCAUUUAGCUUCGACUCCACAGAUUGCUGUUGUUGUUUUUAUUUAAAUCUGUGUCACAUGUCGUUCAUGAUGGAGGAUCAUUUGGAGUCCGGUUGGGUCUCCGUUCGACCGAAGGUGUUCGACGAAAAGGAGCGACACAAAUUUGUUUUCAUCGUGGCCUGGAACGAGGUCGAAGGGAAGUUCGCCAUAACCUGCCACAACAGGACCGUGCAGAGACGGACCACUUUCCGGGACCCGCUCCUGGAUUCCGGUUCGCCGCCUGGCUCGCGCGCCUCCGCUGCGGAAAAAUCUCGGGCCCAUCCAAAGAAGGAUGAAGUCUGCCAAGCGGGGAAAGUUCAAGCUGCCUCCAGUGGGAAACCCGCAGCCUCCAAAACCGAAGUAGUAGCGGAGAAGGCGGCGUUAAAGGCCGGUGUUUGGAGCCACAUGGUGGGCUCGUGGGACAUCGUGACCCCCAGAACGAUGGAUCUCGAGAUCACCGAUGUCCCGCUGUCUCCGGAUGACGCAGAUCCAGGGGAGAGUGAGGACUUCAGCUGGGCAGGACUGUUCUCCUUCCAGGACCUGAGGUCGGCCCACCUCCAGCUGUGCGCCGUGAACUCUGACCUGGGGCCGUGUCUGCCGUCCUUCCCGGAGGAGCAGGCCGGCGUGUGGUCGCUGCUCGUCGGAGCGCCCGAGGUGUCCCAGAGGGAGUCCGAGGCGCUGUGCUACCAGCUGCAGGUGUACCUGGGACAUGCCCUGGACACCUGCGGCUGGAAGAUCCUCUCACAGGUGCUGUUCUCCGACAGCGACGACACCGAGGAGUACUACGAGAGUCUGAGCGAGCUGAGGCAGAAAGGAUACGAGGAGGCGCUGGAGAGAGCCAAGAGACGCAUGCAAGAGGUUUUGGAUAAACACCGAGCCAUGGACAGCAUGGUGGAACUACUGCAGGUCUACUCUGACGAGGACGCAGCCUAUGGAGAGCUGCUGGAAGCCACAACUCAGCUGUUCCACUAUCUGCUUCAGCCUUUCAGAGACAUGAGGGAACUGGCCAUGCUGCGCAGACAACAGAUUAAGAUCUCUCUGGAGACGGAGCGUCUGGGUCCUCGCCGAGUGGAGAGCUUAAGGAAAGAAGAUGAAGCAUGGCAGAAGAAGGCUCAUGCUGUUGUCCUCUCCAUACAAGAGCUGACUGUCAAGUUCUUCGAAACCACGACUCGGGCACAGAAAGCCCUGUAUGAGCGGAUGCGUGCUGACCAAAGGAAGUUCGGUAAAUCAUCCUGGACAGUAGCAAUGGACCGCAUGGAGCGCCUGCAGUAUGCACUUUCCAAAGAAACUCUGCAGCUGAUGAAGGCCAAAGAAAUCUGCCUGGAACAAAAGAAGCACAGCCUGAAAGAGGAGAUGCAGAGUUUGCAGGGUGGUGAGGAUGCCAUGCUGCAGCUGGACCAGCUGGAGGCACGGUACUAUGAUUGGCAGCUGCAGCUGUAUGAUAUUCAGGGGGAGGUGCUGCGCUGUGAGGAGCUGCUGCUCACCAUCCAGCUGAAGAGUCUGAGGCGGCAGAUGACAGAGCGACAGGACGAGGUGGUGUACUACGAUGCCUUUGAGACCCCUGAUGCCAUGAAGGGCAUAGAGGAGGGUGUAACCUUGGCGUCCCCACUCAGAGACGAAGAACUCGGCAUCCUGCAGCAGAGGAUACGGCAGCUGGAGGCGCGGAGGGGCCGCAUCAACACCAAGAAAGUGUACCUCAAAAACAAGAAGGAAAUCUGUGUUGUCAAUCGCAACCAGAAUGUCCAACAGCGCCAAGGUAGCCAUGCUGACAGCAGUACCCAUCAGGCACUGCAGCAGGAAGUUGAAGAUGAGACCAAGAGAAGUGCCAGAGUGAGUCAGGAGCGGCAGAGAACUCUGGAUCGUCUCUGCAGCCUAAAACAGCGUUAUCCAGGCCAUGUGACCCUGAAGUCCAGCAGGCUGCGGCGAGCAGGAGGAGGUCAGCCCAGCACCCAGUCAGCCGGCGUCCAGACGGACCACAUCUCAGAUCUCCCACAACUCUCUGCUCCUCCUCCAGCCGACUCCUGUGGCUCCGACUGUGUCUCCUUACCAGCAGUUGGACCGGCAGGAGGUGAAAACCUUGUCUCUCCACCUCCCUUCAGCUCUCUUCCUCCCCUCCCUGCUCCCCCUUCUGUUCUCUCGCUGGCUUCUAUUCCUCCCCCCCCCCCACCUCCUCCACUUCCUCCUUCAGAGGAGCAGCAGGUUGAGAAACGGGCAGAGAAUCCACCGAGAAGCCCAGAGCGGCAGCUGGAAUGCGAGUCGGAAUCCCUCCCGCUUCCUCUGGCUCCUUUCUCCCCUCGCUUCUUUGACAGCAGCCAGCUGCUGAUGGCGAGGAAGAAACUGAGGAAGACGGCGUCUCUGGACUCCUCACAGUGGAGAAGAGCGAGCUCGCCCAUGGACGAGGUGCUGGCCUCUCUGAAGCGAGGAAGCUUCCAUCUGAGGAAGGCCGAGCUUAGAGUCCUGGCUCCCGAUCCGGACGAUGACGGUAACAACAUCCUGGCCCAAAUCCGACAAGGCGUCAGGCUGAGGAAGGUACGGACCCGGCUGGACCAGCAGCAAAACGCCACAAGCACCCCCCACUCUGCUGACGCUUUGACACGCAGCAUCCACGAGGCCCUGAGGAGAAUCAAGGAGGCUUCCCCGGAAUCUGAAUCCGAGGAUGAAGGACUUCCGUGCACUGACUGGGAAAACUAGAUGUUCUCAUGGGAAGAAUUUAUUUUAUUUUAUUUUUUUUACGUACUGAAGCCACGGCUGCCGCGUUGUGUCUGAGUUGUACUGUAGCCUUCUGUGAUGGGUUUGUAAAAACGCCAUUUUUUUACUUUCUCAUCACCUCAAACGGCAAAACCUCUACGCGCAGUUCUACACACAGCGAUGAAAUAUUUCUGGGAGUUAGUGCAUUUAAGGAUAUGGCGAGCACAUUAUUUCGUGCUACCCGCACCACUACAAGUGUGAAGGGUGAGUAAAAAACGAGCCGUUUUCUGACAUGGUAGCAAAAUGUUACAGCAUACAGAAAAAUAACAUUCAGCCUUAAUAAAAUCUAAUGAUAUAUUUUAUCCAUCAAGUAUGUCGUUUUCGUGACAAUGUAAGAGAGGGAUGUCCUGGUGCAAUUGACAUGAUUGAUAUCUGGCCUAAUCAAGUUGUCUUUUGAUUGAUCGUCAUCAAUCAAAAUGAAACCACGUCACCAUAUCGGUGACAUAAAUGAAUGGACUGCAUUUAGAUAGCGCUUUUCCAUCUGCAUCAGACGCUCAAAGCGCUUUACAAUAAUGCCUCACAUUCAUGUGAGGAUGCUGCCAUACAAUGCACUCGUGACACACC